AUGACUGACACAUCCCAACAUUUCUUUAUUUUGAGAAGAUGCACUUUUGGUUUGACAAAGGAAGAGCUCGAGAUUUGGAACUCUGAAGCGAAAGUAGUAAUUGGGAGAUUUGAAACGUUAUUAUGUUCCCUUUCUGAACACUUCUGGAAUACAGUAACUCAGGACGAAUGCUUUCUUAACUCUUUCGCCUCAGCUCUAAACAGCUUACCCACAGGGUACGACAAUGAAUUAUUCUCAGUAUUCUAUGAGUGGGAAGAGCAUAUUUCCGAAACUGCGUGUCAUUUGAAGUGCAUCCUUCUAUCCGUGUAUCUGAGAAUAGCAGUUUUCAAUGAAGUCAUGGAUUCUGAUCUCGGAAGGCAGAGAUGGCAAAAUCUAAUAACUAAACAAGAGAUUCUCCCGUUAUCUUUCGAGACUAGCUUGUGGUCUAGGUACCCAGCGAAGAGAAGUCUAUUUGCCAAGAUCUUCAAGAAUCGUUUACGAAUAACAGAAACACUUAACAAGAGAAGUAGGGAGUUCGUUGAAAGGUUCGGUCAAAUGAACGAACGCCUAGGAGAACAUUUAGACGUGUUGAUCACAAGAUUCAAAGAAAGCUCCAAAGAACAGAAGUUCAAAUAUGCGAAACUUGUUGAUGACUAUUUGAAUACUGUUGUCGAUCAUAUCCGCAUGGUUCACUCAACAUUCCUCGUUUUCACAGAAAGUUCCAUGGCUUUUUCAUAUCAAAAGCUGUUCAUAGCAGGACUAGCAGACUUGUUAGAGAUCAUCUCGUGCUCUCUCACCAUUGAAGAUAUCCAUGAAUUGUCUUUCACUUUCCCCAACUAUCCCUUGAAGAGGUUUUUCCGUUAUUUGGUUACAAUCGAGACAGAGGGAGCUUCUCUGUUUCAUUCAGUCUUAGAGAAGAUCAAGACUACUGAACGGCUAGAGUUAAUAAGAGAAACUGCUGUAAACGAGAGGUUUAUUUUUUAUCUGUUCCGGAAGUUUGAUGUAAACAAACUUCUAGCGGAUGCAGAGAGAAAUGAAGUUCAAAGCUUAAUAGACCCCGUUUACAUGGUUCAAAUGGAGGAGACAGUUCAAAAGCUAGGGAAACAAGGUUUAUUAAAGAACCUUGGAAACUUGGAUAGACUGGAACAGUCUCACAGAGAUGCCAUACAAGAGAUCAGAGAGAUCUUCCCGCAUAUGUCCGUUGAAUACGUUCAACUCGUGCUCGGUCAUUUCAAAUUUUCCACGGCAGAGGCCUUAGAAGGUUUAUUGCAAAAAGAAACUGCUCUUCCAUUUGAUCUAGUGACUGUUGAGAAUGCUAUUCUCAACAGGCCAGACAUCAAACAGACUCUGCCAAUGGUAUCAUUUGCUGCCACUGACCUUCUGGAGAAAACCAUUCCAACACCAAAAAGGACAGUUGUCAAAGAGCCCGGAGCUGGCAGUAUGUUCAAAGGAUUCUUCAGCUUAGCACCUAAUAAGAAAGACGAAGCAUCCAACGAAGAAACUACUCCCGACAUAACCGAGACAUUAAAAGAGCUCCGAGCAAGCUUAGAUCGAUUGAGAGUUGCUACCUGUUCCCAACCGAGUGUCGGAGACAAAAAAGUUCAAGUAGGCAUUAACGGUGAAAAACUGGUACCUAUGGCUGCAUCCAAGAAAUAUGGCAUAGGAAAAUACAAAGUGACAGAAGAAGAUAAAAUCGCCAUUCGUCCCACUUACGAAAGUUACAAAAUGGAAUUACAAGAUGACACAUAUAACGACGAGUAUGACGAUGGAUAUGAGGCACGCGAAUUCCAGGUUGAACCUCUGAACGAAGAACUCCCUAAACCGAAAGAUAACGAUGAGGACGAUGAAGAAGAUGGAGAAGAAGAUACUAUAGCGCCGCCACCUGCUAUUUCUAGUAGAGGUGGAAGUGUAAGGCGAGGUGGAAAUUCAACAAGAGGAAAUAGAGGAAAGAACAGAGAACAAUCAAUCCAAGGCGCACAAGGCAACGACUCCAAUCCAAGUUAUACCGGGGGCCGUGACCGACAGAUGAAAGAGAGACAUAAGAAUGACAUGAAGCAAAGAGGAGCUGAUCGCAAAAGACGGGGAGGAAUGUUCUGA